UGUGGAUCAUUUUUACUUCUUCAUUAGAAGCGAAACCCACAGCAAACUACAGAAUUGUGGACUACAAUCCCCAAGAUGCACUGGGAACUGUGGCAUUGAGAAAGUGACCUUUGAAAAAGGAGAAGUAGGUAGUGCACAGUACUUUCCUGGCUGCUGCUGGAGAAGAUAGAAUCAGUUGGCGAGAUUGAAAGGCAUGCUCUGGACUCCAAAGGCAGAAUUUCCUAAGGAGACUCUGCUGACUGAACUCCUCCUCCACUUCCCCGGGAGCUUUACGUCCUUCCCCUUCUGCUCAGAUUUCAUCCACAACCGGAGAAGCAGACUUUCACUGACGUUUUCUCUGUCGACAGCUUGUUCCUGUCAAAACUACACAGCAACAAAGAAAAAACGAACAGUAUGGAGAAGGUGUGAAGGAAAGAGAUCUCCACUAGUUUCUAAUAAUGGCUGCAGAUGUUUAUAACAAGAAGGAUGUGCCGAAUGGGUCCUUGGCACCAACUGGUGGACAGCAGUCCGAGAGGUCAGAGAGUCCAACACCAGGAUUGACCCAGGGAACAGAACCAGGGGCAGGCCAAGAGGGAGCCAUAUUUGUUCACACUAGGUCAUAUGAGGACCUAACUGGUACAGACAAUACAGAAUCAGCAGCCAAGAGCCCAGGCGAGAGGGAAGAGUCUCAACGUGAUGAGCUCAAGAUAGAAGAGAUCAGCAAGGAUUUCAGUGAACUAAGCACACAACUUACUGGUAUAGCACUGGACCUGGAAGAAGAGAUAAGGCAGAACAGUGAGGGCAAUUUGGAACUCUCGCCACAAGGUUCACGUCGAGAUUCAGUCCUAUCAGGGAAAGAAGAAGAAGAUAUAACCAUGGAGGCCUGGCGUAUGCAUCAGAAGCAUGUCUUUGUUCUAAGUGAGGCAGGCAAGCCCAUAUACUCACGAUAUGGGUGUGAAGAGGCUUUGUCUACUACCAUGGGAGUAAUGAUGGCUUUGGUCUCCUUUGUAGAGGCAGAGAAGAAUGCCAUCAGAUCAAUUCAUGCAGAUGGAUACAAGGUGGUCUUUGUGCGCAAGAGUCCCUUGGUGCUUGUUGCAGUGGCUCAGACUCGACAGUCAGAGCAAGAAAUUGCUCAAGAACUCCUUUAUAUCUAUUACCAGAUAGUCAGUCUCUUGACAUUGACUCAGCUUAACCGGAUAUUCCAACAGAAGCAGAACUAUGAUCUAAGGAGACUGUUAGCAGGCUCUGAGCGUAUAACUGACAACUUGGUAGACCUGAUGGCUAGAGACCCCAGUUUUCUCAUGGGGGCAGCACGUUGCCUGCCUAUGGCUGCCGGAGUCAGGGAUGUGGUGAGUACUUGCCUUCAACAAGCCAAAGCUAAAAGCCUGGUAUUUGCCAUCUUAUUAUCAAAAAACCAAUUGGUAUCACUUGUGAGGAAAAGGGACCAAUUCCUUCAUCCAAUUGAUCUCCAUUUACUCUUUAAUCUCAUUAGCUCAUCCUCCUCAUUUAGAGAAGGAGAAGGUUGGACUCCAAUAUGCCUUCCCAAGUUCAAUUCCAAUGGUUUCUUCCACGCUCACAUUUCUUAUUUGGAACCAAAUAUUGACUUGUGCCUUGUCCUGAUUUCUACUGAUCGUGAGGACUUCUUUACUGUAUCUCACUGCAAGCAAAAGUUCCAAGAACGCCUAAAGAAGCGCGGUGUUCAUCAUGCUCUCUUGGAAGCAGUGCGUACUCCUUUCUACAGUGUCUCCCAGGUGGGAAUUCCAGACCUUCGACAUUUCAUCUACAAAUCUAAGAGUUCAGGACUUUUUACCAGCCCAGAGAUUGAAGCUCCCUACAUCACUGAGGAAGAAAAGGAAAGACUCCUGGAAUUGUAUCAGUACUUGCAUAGCCGAGCUCACAAUUCCACCCGUCCUCUCAAUAACAUCUAUUAUAUUGGAUCCAAUGAAAAUCUCCUGGCCUGGGUGACCAGUGCUUUUGAACUCUACGUGUGCUUCACCCCCCUGGGUACCAAAGCAGCAGCUGUCAGCGCUGUCAACAAGCUGAUGAAGUGGAUCCGUAAGGAGGAGGACCGGCUUUUUAUAUUGUCGCCCCAGACUUACUGACUGUUGUGACCUGGGCUGCCUGCCUUGUUCUGAAUACUCCAAAACUACUUCCUGUGUCUGCUGGGAGUAGACAUAGUCAGUUUCUCGUCCUCCUUCUCUCUCUCGCUCUCUCGCUCUCUCUCCCUUUCUGGGGAAGAUUUCCGGCCCACAGUGGAUAUGUGCAUAAGGAAGGAGUUCUCUGGGUAAAAGAGCUUUUGGCUGACAGGGUGCACACGGGUAUCAGAAGAGUCCAACAUUUCAGGGUUAGUUUCAGAUAUUGCAUCUAGAAUUGGAACAUAGACCUCCUGCCAUCCUGUAAGUAUUAUUUGAAUCUGUUUCAGCCUAAAAAUAUGUCCUUUCUACCAUUUUCUGCAUAUUUUGAGGCUAUGUUAAACAAAUCUUCUUUCCCAUAACUGAUUUUCUCUACUGACCUUUUGAACAUAGUGCCACAGGUAUUAAGUUUUCCCAUCUCUCUUAAUCUUGACUAAUUGGGGGAAGGUAGGUUGGUGGCUUAGCAAGUGCCUUCUCAUAGGAUUUUCCAUAUAAAGGCCUGAACAAAUGCACAGAAGGUGUGGCAAACAUAUAGAUAGUGAGGGAGAAAACAGUUUUAUGUCCCUUUUAUAGGAAGAUAAAAAAAAAAAAUCCCAAGGAGGUUUUUUUUCUUUUUAUGACUCAAAAACAUGCUUUGCUCUUUGAGAUUAACAAAUUUAAAGAAGUUCACAGAUUAUCUUCAAAUUGCUAGUGAAGGACUGAAGUGUAGUAGCAAAGGCAAUAUAUAAGUAUUUUCAAUUAGAGGCACUCAGAUCCUCCAGUAAGUGGCAUGAACCUAGUAGUUGGAAAAUAUUUUAUAAAUUAUUUCCAUUCCUUCCUGUGAGUUUCUCCUUAGAACCCAUUUAUCUAAUGCUUAUUUUUAACUGGACCAAAUUCUUGAUUUGCAGAGUCCUGGUGAAACCA